AUGGAGAAUUUGAAGAAGGAGAUUAUGGAGUUACAACUUAAAGAAAGUUUGAAUAAAGGUUUGAAUCAACAAGAUUUGCUUCUGUUAAGGAGCAAAGUACAUGAGCUUAAUGUUACUUUGGCAUGGUUGGAAACAUGGUGGAAUCCGAGAGCUAAAACAAGAUGGAUCCAAGAAGAUAUGGAGUGCAACAAUGUGUGCUUUAUUGUCUUGAAAUAUGGAGGAUAUUGGACUGAGGUGAAGGGCCAAAGCAGGAUGAAAUAUGUCGGUGGUUCCCGUGAUGGCAAUAGAGCGGAGGUGGUGGUUGUAGUGAAAGAUCAUCAAGAAGAUAUGACUUAUACGGAUGAAACUCAAUAUGGUGAUAUGCAAGAUUUAAGUGCUAAGUACACAUUGAACAAUGAUAUAUUAGUAGAUGGUUUGUGUGAUGGUUCAUUUGCAGUUGAAGUUGAGGAAAAAAAAGAUUUAUGUAUUGGUUCACGUUUUGAGGACUCAUCAAGCUUCAAACAAGCUAUUCGCUCUAAUGCAAUAUUACAAAACUUUGCUAUCAAGAUUAAGGCAAGUGACAAAUCAAGAGUUAUUGCUACAUGCACCUAUCGUGGUUGUCCAUGGAGGAUACGUGCGUCGUUAUGUUCAGAUGGACAUUCAUUUGAAGUUAAAAAAUUACAUGCAAUACAUUUAUGCCCUGGAGUUAAUAGAGCAGGGAACAAACAAGCUACCUCGGCCUGGAUUGCCCAUGAAAUCAAGGACAUCGUGAAAAGGAAUCCUGAUAUUACACCAAAGGAUAUUGGUAAUAACUUAGAGACCACUUUUGGGGUAUCUUUACCAUACAUGAAAAUUUGGCGUUCAAGGGAAUUAGCAAGAAAUCAAAUUUUUGGUUCUAUUGAUGAUAACUACAAGUGGGUGCCCACAUUGCAGUUUGAGUUACUCAACAGGAAUCCUGGCUCACAUAUAGCGUAUCAAUGUGACAAACAAAAUAACUCAUUUAAGAGGUUUUUUGUUAGUUUCAAGGUCUGCAUUGAUGGUUUCUUUGCCGGUUGCAGAUAUUUGAUAGGGAUUGAUGCUUGUCAUUUGAAAUCAAAAUAUUUAGGUGUGCUCCUUUCCGCUAAUUGUUUGGAUGGGAACAACGGUCUCUUUAAUAUUGCAUUCGCUGUUGCUGAAUCUGAAUCAAAGAGAAGUUGGGAGUGGUUUUUAGUGAAUUUGGUUCAUGCCUUUAAUGCUGACAUAGAACAUCUAGCAUUCAUAUCGGAUAUGGAGAAAGGGCUUGGUGAAGCAAUUAAAACCGUCUUUCCUAAUGCGGAGCAUAGAGUUUGUAUGAGACACCUAUGGAAAAAUAUUAAGAAACUUUUUCGCUGUGAUGAUAGCCACAAUUUGCAAAAAGUGGUGUGGACCGCCGCUAACUGUUUCAGCCUACAUGAGUUCAAUUCUAAGCUACAACAAAUAUUUAACAUUAGUCCACAAGUUCAUUCAUACCUAACAUCUUUAACUUGUAAGUGGUCAAAGGCAACUUUUUCAAUUCAUAUUAAAAAUCACUACAACACAAAUAAUAUGGCAGAAUCUUUCAAUGCUUGGGUUGAGGAUGCAAGGAGCAAGCCCGUUGUAGAUCUAAUCGACACGAUUAGAGGUAUGUUGAUGGAACAACGUUCUCAUCGGAAGUCAAAUUCAGUUUCAUGGAACAAACCUCUAGUUCCGUGUGUAGAGGAAUACAUUAGAGAAGUUACAACAAAAAAAGAAGUUUUCAUCAUACGACAGUCAACUACAACAAAGGCUGAGGUUGAAGGGGUUUCUGAGCGACAAGAGGUUGACAUAGAGAGCCAUACAUGCACAUGUGGUUUUUGGCAGAUAUCAGGGUUACCAUGUGUACACGUUGCAGCAUUUGUUGGAACCAAAAAUAACAAUUUGUGGCACACAUAUGUCGAUGAGAAGUAUUACAAUUACAGAUAUAGAAUGGCUUAUGAAGGAGCCAUUUCAACUUUGCCAGGAAAAGAGCAAUGGUCCAUAAUAAGUGAUAACCAGUUUGUUUUCCCACCAGUUUCACUCAGGCCACGUGGUAGACCCAAGAAAAGACGAAUUAAGAACUUCUUAGAAGGUGGUCAGAAAACAAAAAGUAUUCAUAAAUGUGGCCGCUGCAAUUCAUGGGGUCACCAUAGAAACACAUGCAAGGAACCUUUACAUUUUGAGGAAGGCAAUAUUCAAGACACAGUUUCUGAGAAAAUGCCUAUUAGGCGUGGAGAAAGUUUCUGA